AUGCCCCAUCUUACUGUUAAUUGCCCGUUGUCAUGGAAUUCAGAUGAACAGAAAACUCGAUCGUCUUUAUCGAAGAAUACAAGCUUGAAAGUGGGAUCUCCACCUCAAUUUUAUCACGAUAUAAAGCAUUUAGGUAUUCAACUACCAGACGAGGAAUUGUCCACAAUUCAGUUGACUGGUCCAUCUCACCAUAAAUUGGGUGCUAUGGGAGGGACCAAUUCUCAAGAUCAAUGCAUUUCAUCAGAAUCUGAUCAAGAUGAAGGUUCUGUCAAGGGUGUGGAAGGUCAAAUGAAGCAGGUUUUCUUCUUGAAUAAUCAAGAUAUGAUGUACAAUCCUUCACAAGUUGGUCACAGCCAUGCGAUGGCUCGAGUUCCGUAUCCUUAUGUUGAGCCAUGCUUUGGUGGAUUAUUCACUCCUUAUGGGCCACAGGCUAUUAUUCAACCCCAGAUGGUGGGGAUAGCACCUGCACGAGUCCCACUACCACUUGAUCUUGCAGAUGAUGGACCCAUUUAUGUCAAUCCGAAACAGUACCAUGGAAUCCUCAGAAGGAGACAGUCACGUGCAAAGCUUGAGGCCCAAAACAAACUUGUCAAAACUCGAAAGCCGUAUCUGCACGAGUCUCGGCAUCGUCAUGCGAUAAAUAGGGUUAGGGGAUCCGGUGGACGCUUUGUCAGCACAGGAAAGCUCAAAAAUCCUGAUCGGUCGAGCACCAGUAGCACCCAUUGUGUCGCAGACUCUAAUGCCUUUCAUCCAAGUAAAAGUAUAUCCGAGUGUGAUAAUCAUGAAUUUGAAACUGGUCAACAAGUUGCUUCCCUUACAACCUGCUCUGACACCACCACCACAACCCGUGUCUCCGACGGCAACGGUGACACCAUCUUUCAGCAGCCUGGACGCAGGUUCUCAUGCAUUGCUCCACACAUGGGCGGAGCCAUGCAAUGCAAUGGAUGCCUCGUGUCUGGUGGCGCCCGCCACCCUGCUUCAGUUGUCCGGUGAGACAUGGGAAUACACAAGACCAUCUCACUGGUCUGGCAACUCAUCCUUGGCUUUGUCACUCUGUAUGUUUCAUGCUUGUCUUGCAAAAUGUACUAGAUAUGCCCACACUUUAUAAAGACCUCGCUGCUUGGUUUGUGCUUGUAAUUCUACUUUGAUAUAAAUUAUAAUACAUUACUUAGGUAGUUGUUAUCCAA